AUGUUAUUUUUCAGCUUCUUCAAAACGCUUACGAACCGCACCGUGACUAUCGAACUGAAAAACGAUAUCCGGAUCCGUGGUACUCUCAAGAGCGUAGAUCAAUACUUAAACAUCAAGCUGGACGAUAUCGAAGUUCUUGACUUAAAUGAGUACCCGCAUCUUUCUAGCGUUAGAAAUGUUUUUAUCCGAGGAAGUGUGGUGAGAUAUAUUGUGCUACCACAAUCUGAAGUUGAUACCGGCCUACUGGAAGACGCAACAAGGCGAGAGGCGGCAAACCAGGCGAAUAAAGCGCGAUAA